AUGGACACAGCAACUCCCCGCACGCAGUCCGCCCUCCUGGCUGCCACGCCUCGCAGGAGGGGUCCUCCCACUUCUCUUCGUAUCAACACCCCUUCCCACAACCCCGACAUAGUGCUUGUCCAGAGCGAGAGCUCUGCUUCCGUUUCUGCCCUUUCAUCUGCAACUUCAGACACAGAUUCGUUUAUAUUCCCUCCUCCCAGCAAACACAAGCCUUUCAAAAACAUGAAGAAGCUCUCGCUCACCCUUCCCUCCGCUCAGUCGUCUACCAAUUCCCUCAGCUUGCCUCUCUCCGAUGUGCCUCCCACAGAGUCUAGACGCAGGCCUUCUGUUAUCUCACUACCAGCUGCCAGUACAUCCACUCUGCUCCGCCAUAGAAGUGAAGAAGACGAGAAUAUGGACGCCGCCCCGUACCUCCAGGGUCCCGUCCAAGUCAUACCUGGCAUCUGGCUUGGCUCAGAGGACAACGUUUGCGACUGGCGUGGCCACAUGGAGCGCGGUAUCAAAUCGAUCCUCAAUGUAGCUAAGGAAGUAUCUACCGUCUUUGAUCAGAUGAGGCCCGCGCCCCCUUUCAUGUCUACUCCAGAUCUGAAGACUACAAUGGCCGCCGCCGAUUCUAGCUACUUCCCCGCUCAUAUACCGAGCGGUCGGCCUGCGAUGAAUUACCUCAAGCUUCCUUGGUCACACGGCCAGGGGGACCUUGUACACGAAGGCUUCCCAGUCGCUAUGGCAUUUGUGGAUGAGGCGUUAGAGCGUGGAGAUGGCGUGUUGAUCCAGUAUGUUCUAUGGAUUCCCGCAUUUGGGCCGCCUAACGAGUAUACUAGCUGCCAGUGCGGAGUAUCGCGAUCAGCAACUCUUGUUAUUGCAUUAGUCAUGCGCGCGGCCGCACAGCGCUCGCCCAGUGUGCCCUCCGACGUAUGGGCGCUGAAGGGGAUGCAAGGGGCUUACGCCUUUGUGAAGGACAAAAGUAGUGCCAUUGGACCUAACAUGUCCCUUAUUUAUCAAUUAUUAGACUACGAGCGAACCUUCAACGCGGGAAGUACCUCACCAGAUUGUUCUUCUAACUCCGAGGAGGAAUGGGGUCGUCAGCGUUUGAUGAUGGACUCAAACUCAGGCGAUGAUCGAGAGAGCGUGGAAAUCAUGCUCGAAGCCAAGGCACUCGAUCAAGCUAUGGAAGAGCGGCUCAUCUCUCGCAAAUCGUCCGCCUCUUCCAUGGGUUCCUUUAACGUCGGGGCUGUUCCUCCGUGGAAAUCCAGGUUUGUACCUCGGAAACGUGCGGGAUCUAUCGCUAGCAUUAUGACUGGCGGUAGUAUUCUGAGUGAAGAUUUAGUGGAAGAAGAUGAAGAACAAGAACUACUGGGUGUCGGCGGUGGGUUCGAUGCUCCAAGCGUGGACGCCAGCUGUUCAAGUGCUGAACCUACCGAAGACGAAUCCACUACAUCGCGAAUACCCCAUGAUUCCGCUUCUCGCUGUCAGCCGACGACGUCUUUGCGACAAGCUGUAAGUCUUCGAGUACCUCCAUCUGCUCCGCACAACAAAACGUCUUUCGCGAUACCUCCGCCUCCGGCAACUGCUAUUCGUUCGGCCUUCGACAUCCCACCUAGAUGGCAAGCAAAAUUGAAAUCUCGUCGGCGUCCCCCUCCUUUGGGUUUUCUCCCUCCUGUUCCAUCCUCCCCUGUUGUGCCUGUAAAUCCUUCUCCAGUGUCACCUCGUUCCCGUGCUGAUACGCGCAAACCCGACCUUUCUACUGCCGACCUUCGUACGCCACGUAAGGUGGCGCAGAAAACCUCGAGACCCAGACCAACAUCGAUGAUUUCAACGCCUUCACAGACAUUGUUCGUAUUUCCUCCAUCUCCGACUUUGACGACUCGCACGCCGUCCACAAUGACGCUCACCUCCAACGCUUCUUAUCCCUUCCCCUCGAUGUCGACACCUCGCGUUUCUACUUUCAAGUCGGACGGACGCCGUCGAUCAUUCAUCGGCGUACCUCCGCCAUCUACACCGACGGUUGCGUCCUCACGAGUCGACGCCCGGGGUUGGAUCGGUGCGAACAUGUUAAAGUAG